UGGUGGUUUUCAACUUUUCAUGAUGGGAUGGUGCCAUGGACAUUUGUGCUGCCAGGGAGGCUGCCUCCCGGUGGCGGAGAGAGCGGUUGCUGGUGCUCCGUUUUGGGGAGGUUGCCAUCGACCAUACGAUUACCACCACGGCCAGUUCCCGCCUUGCUGCAGCAGGCUUCCAUCGGGCUGGCCGUGUGCUUUUUGCCCACAUCACCCCUGCCACGGUCAGGUGCCACCGCCGCCGGAGGAGUGCUCCGGUCAGCAGCCGGCGCCGCCUCCUCCGGGCAGUCCAGCGUCCUCCCCAAAUCAGCGCGCUGAUGAGGAAGGAACGGCGGGAGUCAGCCGUCUCUGAGGUCGUGAAGAUGGUCGAUGACCAAAGUUCGGGAUGUGCAACUGGAACGUAGCGGAUUCCGGCUACGAGCCAGAGGCGCUCCUUUCUGUUCUUUUUUUUUUUUAAUCGGGCUUUCUUACUGGAUAUCUGUAAUAUACCACCUUCUGGGGAAGCUGUUCCAUGCGCUCCUCAGCAUGGUGAAUAAAUAGAAAGCAGUUUGCGAAAUAUGGUUUACAUAUUUUUGUAAAAUUGUUAUAUUUGUGUUUCAUAAAGCUGACGGU